CUCAUGUUUGACCCAAAAACAGAGACGUGCGGCCUCUUAAAAGGUUAUAAAUUAGUGUCUUCGGUUAAAUUUAAAAAUCGAACGUCGCCAUCGGGCCGGGGAGUCCCCGGACCAUGAUGACACAAUUUCUGAGAAUUCAAAAUGCGCUCAUAAGGCAUUUUUCGGCUCCGGUUCGUGAUCUUUAUACUGUGUUUUGAUCGCGUCAAGAGCAAAAUUAGUUAUUUAUAGGUCUUCAACUCAAGCAUCAAAUUUACUCCUAGUGGUUCCUAUUAGAUAAAUAUCGAGCUUAUAAAGAUUUUAGUUUGACUUCUUUUCGUCGUUUGAAAGCCAAAUGAUGACUCUGGACAAACAUGAAGGUCAGCUUGAAAGCCGCCAGCUCCACAAUAAAUCACCUUCUUUUGAUCCUUGUAAAGUUCAACUAAAAGGGCUUAAACCAUCAAUAUCAAAGGAGAAAGUCACAGCCUAUAUUCAGUCCUUGACGGAUAAUGCGAUUGUAAAAGAUGUUUUCGUCUGUAACAAUAAUGGCAAUGCUCUUGUAACAUUUACGGAACAGCAAGCUUUAGAAAAACUGGCAAAUAAAGUUCACAUCCUAGACGGCGAAGAAUUAAAGAUUGAGCCCUAUUACGCAUUCCUGGAACAAGAACUUUGUACCAAGAAGAUCGACGUCCAUCCAGAAAUUAUGACUUACAUCAAAGCAUAUCAUGAAAAGGACCUGCAAACUGUCUUGGAUGAGAAUUCACUUGAAUUGCAGUUGCUACCGAAUGAAACGUCGGUAUUGAUCGCGCAAAGGAAAUCCGCAGUGAGUAACGAAAUAGCAACUGUAGAAGGGAAUAGGGUCGCAAACGUACUAAACUUUUUGGCAGACUUUGAGCACAAAACUUUUACAGUGGAAAGUAAUUCGUUCGAGGAAGUUGCAGAGGGCCUGCAAAAGAAAAUCGACAAGAGUGACUCAAGAAAGUUUGAUUUGUCUUUGGAUCCACCACGGCUUGCUGUUAAAAUUGUUGGCAAGAAGCAAUUCACUCUAAAUGUCGUAAAGGAAAUUGGGAUGUUCAUUGAAGAGGUGACAGAGGAAAGGCGCCUUAAAGAUUCUGUAGUUACACAUAUAGAGCCUGACCUAAGCAGUGCACAACUGGCUGUGAUCAAGAUAUCUAAUCUUGUGGAUCAUCUUCAAGAGUCAUAUAAAUACACUUGCAUAAACAUUGAUGAUGAGAAUGGUAAAGUGAUCAUAGAUUGUCCUCAAAAUAAGAUUCAAGAAGUAACAGCCGAAGUCUUGAGGUUUCUUACAAAGGUAGACAAGGAAAUUGUGGUGUUAUCGGAGCGAGUCUUGGAAGUGUUUUGUUCCGAUAAGGGAAAAGAGUACGUGAGGAAUGCCUUGAAAGAGGAAAACCUACAAGCAGUGUUAAUGGUAAAUGAUAAACAAAAAGGUGAAAAAGUAGGAACGGUUUAUGCUGUGAACAGCGACCACUGUAGAAAGGCUGUCAAACUUAUUCACUCAUUUUCACAGGAAAAACCUAUAAGGCUUAAAGAUGAAAGCAUGCAAGUGGUCAAAAAACGCAAUUGGAAAGAUCUUAUUGCUAAACAACAGGAUGAGUUUGUUGUUCACAUCUUGCUCGAUAAAACCCAUGCAACUCUAUGGGUAAGUGGUGUUGAACAAGACGUUAUGAAGUGCAGUGAGAUUGUGAAGGAGCACUUAGAUAAAUACACAAUUUUGUACGAUUCUGUAGACAUUUCACUGGGUGACUUGAAAUUUCUAUUCAACGUUUGGAAAGAUAAAGUGAAGAAAGUCAAGGAAGGAUUAAAGGAAUCAUUCGUAAGAAUAGAACCUAACUACAAGGAGAUGAAAAUCGAAAUUUUUGGGAAUCAAUAUGGAAUCAAAAAUGGGAAACAAAAGUUGUUGGCCUACGUAAAACGAAUCUGCCAUCAGGAGGUGAUAGUCGAGAAACCUGGAAUGGCAAAGUUCUUCAAAUCAAAUCAGGGCUCAAACCAAAUCAAAAUGGUCGAGAAGGACCACAGUUGCACAAUUGAGGUGAUGGAAGGUCAGGAUGAGCUUACAUCUCAAGGAACUUCCAUUCCGCCUGAAGACUUAAACGUCAUAUGUAGUAAAACGACUCCUCAAGGAAAGACUCUUUCAGUUUGUAAAGACGAUCUCACAAAGCAUCCUGCGGAUGUUAUAGUCAAUGCAGCUAAUGAGCAGCUACAACAUAGUGGAGGCCUUGCUGGAGCAAUAGUGCGAGUUGGUGGGCGGCAAAUACAGCAAGAAUGUGAUGAAUAUAUUAAGGAAAAUGGGAGUCUUCCAACAGGUGAGGCUAUUGACACAGAUUCUGGUAAACUACCUUGCAAACGAAUCGUUCACGCCGUCGGUCCUCGCUGGAGUAGAGCUGCUAGCCAACGACAUGCACAAGGACAAACAACAAAUGAAGAGAAACUACUGUAUUCAGCAAUCCAGAACAGCCUUUUGCUUGCUAAAGACUACCAAUCUAUAGCAAUACCAGCUGUUAGCUCAGGAAUCUAUGGUGUCCCAGUUAUCGUGUGUGCAAAGAAGAUCAUUCAAUCGGUAAUUGACUUCUUUCAACGUCAUCCGCAUUGCAAGCUAUCAGAUGUUCGCUUCACGAAUAACGACGAUCCGACGGUAAACGCGUUUGAAAAUGAAAUUAAUAGAGUAUUUGGCGAUGAAGAUGAGAAUACCGAGUGGAGCCUUACACCUAAAUCUAACUCUGAGCCAGAAAAGACGGAAAACUUAACAGUUCCCACUCCGACGCCGCCCGUUUCGAACAAUUCAGCAUUCUUGACUCUGCAAGGAAUAUCCAUUUCUGUAAAGGUUGGAGACAUUUCUCAAGAAAAUAGUGAUGUACUUGUCAACACAGCUGGUGAACAACUGAAUCUUCAAAAUAAUAAUUGUGCUAAAGCAUUCAGUAAUGCUGCGGGCCCAGAGCUUCAGAGAUCCUGCAAUGCAAUCGCUCCCGUUCACGUUGGAGAUAUUGGUGUCACCCCGCCAGGGAAUUUAAACUGCAAACAUGUUUUUCAUGCAGUUUGUGGCGAGUGGAAAAAUGGAAGUGGACAAAAGGUUUUGUGUGUACUUCUUGAAAAAUGUUUGAAAGAAGCCGAGAACCGAAGGGCAAGUUCUAUUAGCAUUCCCGCCAUUGGAACUGGCGUGCUUGGUUUUCCGCGAGAUGUAGUGGCAAAAAUAUCCUUCGACGAAGUGAUCAAGUUCAGCCACAAAUGUCAACCCAGCCAUGUAAAAGAAGUCAGAUUCGUAGUAUAUCAUGGUGACCCACAAACGGUAAAUUGCUUUCAAGAUGAAUUAGCACAAAGGAGGCCGCGUCCUGUUCGUGAAAAUAUUGCUGGCGAUUCAGCACGAAACAGAAUUUCAAAGGUCGACCAUCCAGAAACGAAAUCUGUUCCAUCCAUUCCAGCACCUUCAGCAGAGAAGAACAGAAAGCCAAAAUUGUUUGAGAUGAAAAUGGGCAAGAUGACCGUUCAGCUCGAAAAAGGAGAUAUUACCCACGAGAAGACAAAUGCCAUUGGGAUGUUCUCAAAUCCAUUACUUGAUUUUGAAAAUGAAGGACCGACUUGGGCCGCAAUUAUGAAUUCUGAUGCACAAACAAUUAUUGGGACCAGACUUGACAUGCACCACAAACUUCCCAUUCGCCAUGGUCAAUGCGUAAUUUUCCCUACAGAAAAUUUAAAAGUUGGAAACUUGGUCAUUUGCUCAACGGAUAGCAAAAAGCCGAAGAGGUUCUCUCAACAUCUUGUAACUUGUUUGAAAAGAGCUGAGAAACAGGAGUUAAACAGUAUCUCCUUCCCGGCUUUGGGGACUGGCAGCCUUGGUCUGUCUUCGAAAGACUGUGCAGACUUCAUGUUGUCGGCUGCCAAAACGUUUUCAAAAACUCAACCAAAGUCAUUGCAGCUGAUUCGAAUUGUUGUGUUCCAAGAAGUGAUGAUUGACGAUUUUGUCGCUGCUUUGAAAAAAUAUCGUUAUUCAGCAAAUUCCUUUUGGCAGAUGGCAAAGAGUGGUGUGACAGUUCUUAGAAGUAAACUCAAAAAGAAAAAACCAAAAGACGUGGUCGGCUGUUCAGAGUUGUUUCUCAAAGUGUAUAGUGGAAGCCACGAAAACCUCAAGGAUGCAGUGAAGGCAAUAAAUGACAUCAUGGGCGAAAAAUGCAUACUUCAAAAAAUUGACGAAAAGGAAGCCAUUUUGGACAUUGAUGAAGUCCACAUGAAUGAGAUCGGCGUCCUUGAGCGACAGUUAGACUGCAGGAUCAACGUAGAAAAAGAAAACUGCAUCAUCACCAUAGAAGGUCUCUCGGAGGACGUUUUGAAAGCCUCGACAGCUAUUCACGACAUGCUGCACAAGAUUGUGGUAGCCAAGCAUGAACGCACAAAAGCUGAAAAUAUUGCAAAGGAUGUCCAAUGGGAAUAUGAAACGGGUGAUGACUUCAUACCAUAUUCUAUAGAGGCAAAUGCUAAAAUAGAAACAGCUUUUGUGAGCAAAGAUCAGUACGUUACAUUUGAGGAAAAUGGAGAAGAAAUAACUAUUGACUUUGCCGCCAUGAUAGAAAAAUUAACUGCAGAAGGGGUUGAAAGUCACACAAAUAUCAAAAGAAGAGAUCUAACACUUGGUAGGAUUAGUGUACCAGAACAUUGGGAUAAACAGCCAAAAAGCAAAUCAGGAGUAGAAAACGCUGUUCAUUUGGUUGACCUAGAUCCUUCUUGUCCUGAAUAUCUUCAAGUUCAAAGUCGGUUUAGUCAAUCAUGCCCUAACAGCAUCAUCAAAAUAAGUCGAGUUCAGAAUCCGGAGCAAUACAAGAUAUAUUCGAUAAGGAAACAGAAAAUGGAUGAAAAAACUGGAAGCAACAAGAGGCAGCUGUUCCAUGGUACGGCAGCCGAUAGCUGUGAAAGUAUUAAUAAAAAUGGGUUCAACCGAAGUUACUGCGGUAAAAAUGCAACCUUUUAUGGGAAUGGAGUGUAUUUUGCAGUCAAUGCCGAAUAUUCAGCCAGACCAACCUACUCACCAGCCGAUGCUAAAGGUUCUCGGUACAUGUAUCUAGCACGAGUACUAACAGGAAAUUAUACCAAAGGUGAUUCAUCCAUGAAAGUACCUCCACCAAAGAACCUAGUUUCACCGAGUGACACCUACGACACAGUCGUAGACAGUACUUCAAACCCCAGUAUCUUUGUAGUCUUUUAUGAUGGUCAGGCGUACCCCGAGUACCUUAUAGAGUUCAGAUAACUGUUGAAAUGAUUACUAAGGCAUGUUUUUACUGAUGAAGGCCAUUGGUAGCGCCGUAACCAGGGGGCAGC